AUGACGUCCGCCCAGACCCUGGUGGCCUCCCUCUGCCGGGAGGGGGACCAGCAGCUGGCCCUCGGGGAGCCAGCCCUGGCCACCGCCUUCUACCUGGCCGCCUUCAGCUGUCACGCCCCCUCUGCGGUGCGUGCUGUGCAAACCGCCCUGGCCGAGGCCCGGGGAGGCCCCGUGGUGGCCACCCUGGAGGCCUGGUGCUGUGGGGACAGCCAGAUCCCUGCCAUCUGCUGGGACGGCAUGGCGGUGGUCUCACUGACGGGAACGCUGGCCUCUGCGUUCCUGGCCGCCCUCUGCCCGGACCACCCCGCCCGCGUCCUGCACGUGCUGGCUGGCCUGCUGGCCUGCGGGCACCACGAGGAGGUGGCGGAGCGCUGUGGCGAGCUUCUGGACGCCUGCGCCCCCCAGGCCCUGGAGCUGCAGCUCACGCGUGCCCUGGCCUGGGUUCUUGAGGGGAAGCGGGCCGGCCAGGGCGUGGCCGCUUACCUCCAGGCCUUUGCCUCCAGCUCAGCCCGGACCGUGGCCUUCAUUCGCACGCACCAGCUGCCCUACCUCCCCUCGCUGCUCACCGCGCUCCGAGACCGCAUCUCGGGACCCGCGGAGGCCACCGACAGCGCCAGCGGGCCGGAGUCGCACUGCCGGGGACUCCUGGCAGCCCUGGACCCCGGGAACACCUGGUGCGAUGCCUCAUCCCCCGAGGCUCUGCUCCGCGGAGGCCAGUUUGAGGCCUGCCUGGAGGCCUGCAGCCAAGCCCUGCAGGCUGACGCCAUGGACAGCCAACCCCAAGGGGAGCGCCUGGCCGCGCUGCUGGUCACGCGCGCGGCGGCCGCCUUCUUCCUGGACGGGCGCGGCGGGGACGCGCUGCGGGACCUGCACGACGCCUUCCGCCGCAGCCCGGCGCGCGCGCGGGCGCAGUUCCAGGCUCUGCUCUCGGCCGCGGACCGGGCGCGCGUGCGGGCCCGGGCGCAGGAGGCCGCGGACCUGGGCUUCGCCCGCUUCCAGGAGGCCGUGCGGAGCCGCCCUGCGCUCCGCGAGGACUCGGGGCGCGAGCUGCUGGCUCCGGUGACCCGCGCGCUCCGCGUCCUGCUCCGCGUGGCGCCGAGCGGCGCGCGCCCCGCGCUGGGGACCCGCCUGGCCGAGUGCCUGCUGCUGGCCGGGGACGUGGCCGGAGCUCGGGCGCUGUGCGAUCGCCUCCUGCGGCCCCGGGGGCCCGGGGGCCCGGCGGGGCCCGGCGCCGAGGACCGCGCGCCCGCGCAGGCGCUGCGCGGCUUCUGCGCGCUGCACGCGGGCGACGCGCGGCGCGCCCGGGAGGACUUCCAGGCGGUGGUGACGCGGGGGCCGCCGCACGCCGGGGGCUGCGCGCGCGCGCUGUGCGGCCGCGGGCUGCUGCGGGCGCUGGCCGGCGACGCCUUCCUGGGGGCGCUGGACUAUGUCACCGCGUGCAGGCUGCGCCCCGAGGAGGCCCUGCUGGCCGCCAAGGCCUUCGUGCCCUGGAAUCAGCGGGGCCUGCUGCUGACCGUGCUGCGGGAGGAGGCCCGCGGGAUGCUGCUGCGAGCCCGGGCCCCCGGGCCUGCGCGCGCUCCCGGCUGCGGGGGCCAGGCGGCGGAGACCCGGAUGGAGCGCCCCGCGCAGGAAGGGGAUGCCCAGGGCGUGUACCAGCUGGCCACACUGCUGCUGGAGCUGGACGUGGACGAUGAGACAUCGCGCCUCCUGGUGGCCGACUGCCUGUACUGCCUGGGCCGCCUGGAGGAAGCCCACAGGUGCUUGCUGGUGGCCCUCUCUCGGAGGCCCCAAGCAGGCCCUGUGCUGGCCAGGCUGGCCCUGCUGCAGCUGCGGAGGGGCUUCUUCUAUGACGCCAACCAGCUGGUGAAGAAGGUGGUCCAGUCCGGAGACACGGCCUGCCUGAAGCCCACCCUGGACAUCUUCUGUCCUGAGGACAGACAGCUCCUGAGACACCACUGCCACACCCGGGCCUUGAGCAUCCUGCGGGCACGGCCAGGCGGGGUGGACAGCGAGGCCCACACCAGGGAGGCCAUCGCCUACCUCUCUCUGGCCAUCUUUGCCGCAGGGAGUGAGGCCAGCGAGCCCCUCCUCACUCGAGCUCGCUGCUAUGGGCUCCUGGGCCAGAAGAAGACCGCCAUGUUUGACUUCAAUUCUGUGCUGCGGGCAGAGCCAAGGAACGUGCAGGCUCUGUGCGGACGGGCUCUGGUGUACCUGGCCCUGGACCAGCUGCAGGAGGCCGUGGAGGACAUUGUCUCUGCUCUGAAGCUCAACCCAGAGCUCGUGGUCCCUGAGAUCCGCUCUCUAAAGCCAGAAGCCCAGGCGCUCCUCACCCGGGGCCUCUACACGCACUGCCGGGCCCUGCUGGGCCAGCGGGCGGGCGCGAGUGCCCCCUGCGAGGACGAGGACUCCAGGGGCCUCCUGGUUGUCGGGGAAGCACUUGUCAGAGUCGAUGCUGCCCAGCCAGCCUGGCACGUCCUGCUCACAGACAUCCUGACAGCACUGGGCAGCUAUGAGGAGGCUGGUGCCCACCUGCAGGAAGCCCUGAGCCCCCCUCCACCGCCAGAGGCAGCCCAGGCCCGGCGGGGUCUGCUUCGGCUGAAGACGGGACGAGAUGUGCCAGCAGCUGCCCGGGACCUGCAGCGCCUGGCAGAGACCGAUGCCCCUGACCUCGAGUUCCUGCUGCGUCUCCUGGAGGCCCCGGAGCGACAGAGCCUCGCUCAGGCUGCAGCCCAGGAAGCCAGCGCCCUCCUGAAUGCAGGGCGCCCCGCGCAGGCCCUGGGCUACUGCUCCUUAGCUGUCCUGGCGGAUGGUGGCCCUGCUCACCUGCGCCUUCGCGCCUCCUGCCUAGCCCAGCUGCAGGAGUUCGGCAGGGCGCUCCGGGACCUGGACCAUGUGGUCCAGGACGGCGCCGGGGACGGAGACCUACCGACUCGCGCAGAGGACCUCUGCUCCCGGGGCCACCUGCUGCUGAGCCUCGGAGAUGAGGACAGGGCCGCAAGAGCCUUUGCCCAGGCCCUAGAGCUGUCGCCCACCCAGACCCAGGGCCGUCUGCUGGAGCGGCCAGGUCGGACGCGCGUGGCCCAUGCGUUCCUACGUCUGGGACAGCGCUGUCUGGAGGGGCAGCGCUACGAGGAGGCCUGGGCAGCCGCUCAGAAUGGGCUCCUGAUCGACCCUGAACACGGUGGCCUGAGGAGGCUGAAGGCGAGGGCGCGGACGGAGGCAUCCUCUGGCUGCCGGCUGCACUGA